AUGGAUAUUAACUCAAUGGAGAAUCUCAUACAUUUACCAAUCUAUGAGAAUGUUAUCAAACGAUACGGUAAAUAUACCAAGAAGGUCAACGGUGAACUUAUCAAAGUAAUUUAUGAUUGGUUUGAGCGUGAAAACAAGCAUGAAGAUAAAUAUCAUGGUCACCAGUAUAAAUUAGGCCUAACAAAACAUCAAUACGAUCAAAUGAAAUCUCUUCUCAUGCCAAAAGGCUUCUAUGGAGAUGAAUUGACAUUCGAUCAAUUUUGCGAUAUUCUCAUACCGGUUAUAACCGGUGGUGAAAAUGAUCAACACGAUGAUUAUUCGAUUUGGUUAGCCUUUCGUUCGUUUGAUAAAAACAGUGAUAAUUAUAUUCAAGCCGAUGAACUUGAAACAUUAAUGCGUAUCAUUGGUAAAUCUGUUAGUCGAGAACGUAUACGAUAUUAUAUUGAUAAAGUUGAUUGGGAUUAUAACGGUAAAUUAGAUUAUAAUGAAUUUCGUGAAUUUAUCGUCCGAGGAUAUGCUCGUGAACUAUUGAUGAUGGAUAUAACACGAGAAAUUGUUUAUUCACAUGAACAAAUGCAGAUCCCAUCAAAGAAUAGUUUUCAAUAA